GUGCCCGCAUGCUGACCAUCGUGUUCUUUCUUGUGCUUCGAAUUACGCGAAGACGCACCCAUAAUUUUCUUUUUAAAAAACAAAUAAAUAAAUAAAAAAGAGAAAGGGAAAAGGAGAAAGAAGAAUUAGGGCAAACAAUUUGAGCGAGAUUCGACGGUCUUCUCUCUCCUCAAUGGCGCCCUCGAUGCGGUCGAUCAACAUCAGAGACUCGGCACGAAAGAUCGAGGUCGACAAUCGAAUCUCCAUCCGCUACUACUCUCGGAUCGCGGAGAAUCUCCUGAGACAGGCAAGAAUUUACCGCGAGGAGAAGAAUCUCAUUGAUCUAUACAUCAUACUUCUAAGAUAUUCAAGCUUGAUGUGCGAUACCAUACCGUCGCAUCGAGAUUACCAAGCUUUGGUUCCAAAGGAAAAGACUGCCUUUAAGAAGAAACUCUUGGAUGUUAUAAGUGAGCUAGAAUCACUGAAGCCAAUUGUUACACGUCAAGUUGAGGAGCUCAACAGAGAGAUAGCCCAAUCAGACGGUGGAGAAAGGGUUUCCUAUAGCUCAUCUCCUACUUGGAAGCAGAUUCCUGGAACUCCAUCAAGUGAGCAGCAACCUACUAAAGCCUUGUCUCAGUCAUUCCAAAAGCAUAAUAAUGUAAGAAAUCACGUGACGUCACCACAGAACUUGCAGUUGGACAGGCAGUUCCAGAAACUAUCCCUCAGCUUACCUUAUCCAAAGGAGGAAACACUAUCAAGGCACUCUAUUUUAGGCCCUACUGGGCUCCGCAGUCAGUGGACAGCACCUAUUACCGGUAUAAGGGUCCAAUAUCCAAGCAAUACUGACUUGGCCCACGUCGAGAUCCCAGGUGUAAAGAAGGAUGGUGAUUAUGGCACUCUUGCUACUGAAGAAGGUGAUGCUAGAGGCACCACUUCUGAUUUGGAGUCUGUCCUCUCCCUUGAUGAUGGCAGCAUGGUCCAUUGCCUGCUGAAAGAAUCAUGGCUUCUUUGCGGAGCGAAUCUGACACAGGACAAUUUUUCCCAGCUGAAUAUUAGACAACCUUCUAGUCCUCCGGUUCUUGCUCAGGUACAGCCACAGUUGCAUCCAUCAAAAGUUGCUGAUCCAAGACCAGGACCGGCAAAAGUCCCAAUGGAUGGGAUGCUUGAUUCUAAAGAAUAUCAAAAACUGCACAUUCCAGUGAAAAUGAUGGAUUGUUUCUUGAGGCUGGCAGAGAUGAACACCAUGAAGAAUCUGGAAACAUGUGGGGUUCUUGCUGGUUCAUUGAAAAACAGGAUGUUUUACGUGACAACACUGAUUAUCCCUAAGCAGGAAUCAACAUCCGAUUCAUGUCAAACAACAGAUGAGGAAGAAAUAUUCAAUGUUCAGGAUCAACGUUCUCUUUUCCCGCUUGGAUGGAUUCAUACGCACCCAACACAAACCUGCUUCAUGUCAUCGAUUGAUCUGCACACUCAUUAUUCAUAUCAGAUUAUGCUACCAGAAGCAAUUGCAAUUGUCAUGGCACCAACUGAUACAUCAAGAACCCAAGGCAUAUUUCACUUAUCAGAUCCUGGCGGUGUGUCUGUGAUCCGUAACUGCCAAGAGCGUGGCUUCCACCCUCACGAAGAGCCUCCUGAUGGCAGCCCGAUAUAUGAACACUGCUCUCAUGUUUUGAUGAACGAAAACUUGAAAUUUGAUGUCGUCGACCUUCGAAAUAAAUAAAUCCAGCCAGAAACGUCGAAGACUCUCGAGGCCUCCGCAGGCUCGUCCAUCUUUGCAGAGAACUCGUGUAUAUUCUCAGUAGAUCUGUUCCAAACGGCACUGAGAGCACCAGAAUGAUCUUGUAUUUAUUUAUCAUUUGCAUUGUGUAAAAGGUGAAAGCUGGGGCGUUUUUUUCUUGCGGGGUUCUCUGUAUCUCCUAAUUCUCUUAUGUGCAAAUAUAUAAAAUGUCAAUAUAGCAAUAUACAGAAGAAUUGUUGACUCUACGUAAUUUCUUUUUACAUAAUUCUUUUAUGAAGAGGUGAGUUUUUUUUU